AUGAAUAGCAUAGACGAUAUUGCGCCUCGUUUAACGGGUAGUAAAGAAGGAACAUUCCGGUAUGAGACUAUCCGCACCCGUUGGCCAACUAUUUUAACUCGGGUAAUUGACCACUUUUCAACUGGCAUCGAGAAGUUCACUACACGAUACGGAGAGGAUGCCGAGAAAUCGGUGAAGCAGAUUCUAUCUGCUUUGAGCGAAAUUCAUUACUUGAUGGUAACAGAUAAGCCUUUGAGGUUAUUGACGGAUAACUUUGAAGAUGUCAAUGUUUGGAAUGAGCACUUGUCCAGCUUGAGAUUAAAUAAAGAGUUGGUGAAUAGCACGUGGUACAAAGAACCUUGGCUGUUCGUAGAAUGCUACUUGUAUCGCCUGAUCUUCAGCUUUGUGUUCCAAAGUCAAGUAAUGGAAGCUCAUGACUACUUUUUCCAUCAAAAAAUUGCCUCAUUUCAUACUCAUACGGAUCAGAUAAUAUUAGGUGUGGAAGAUCUUAAUAAGUUCGUAGCGCUUGGUCAGAAUGAACAAUCCAUAACUUCAUCCUUAACUUCUCUUUUAAAAAUUUGUUUGUGGGGAAAUCGUGCAGACUUGUCGUUAUCCGGUGGAAUAGCUUCAUUAUUUAAUGAGUCUUCGAAGGACUUGGAUGCUCGAGACAAAUACAUACUUAUCAAUCAUAUCCCAGAUGCCAUCAAUUAUUUAAAGAGUAUCAAGCCAAAAGUCGGAGAUGCUCUUUCAAGAAUUGAUAUUAUUCUUGAUAACUCUGGCGUCGAAUUGGCUGGUGACUUGACACUAGCUGACUAUCUAGUAACCGCGGGUUUGGUUGAUAAAGUUGUUUUCCAUGGGAAGAAAAUUCCUUGGUUUGUUUCUGACACAACACCAGACGAUUUUCAAUGGACCAUAAAAGCCAUAGCAGAGUUAAAGGGAAGUGAUGGGGCUGUUCGAGAGGAUUGUCAGAGAUUCUCUAGAUCAAUAACUGAACGACUUGAACAGGGUAUUUACGAGUUUAAAUGUGAAGGAUUCUGGACUCUGCCUUUUCCUUAUACAGAAAUGGCUACUAGAGCCCCUGAGCUUUAUGCCGAUCUAUCUGAGUCGUCUCUUGUGAUACUGAAAGGUGAUUUGAAUUAUCGAAAACUUGUAGAGGAUCGUGAUUGGACUUAUGAAACUCCAAUGAUGAAUGCUGUUGGAAAUUUUCUAAUUUCACCUUUAUUGGUUCUGAGAACCUUGAAAUCGGAAACUGUCGUCGGUCUCGACAGAACUGUUGUUGACCAUGUUUUGUCUCGUUAUGGUGAUGACUAUCAAUGGAUGACUACUGGUACAUAUGCUGUAGCUCACUUCCAUGUUUCAAAAUAA